AUGAGCGGCAGCGGGCGGCCCAGGACCAGCUCGUUUGCUGAGCCCCCGGGGGGCACCGGAGCUGCUGCAGCCGGGGCCGGAGCAGCCGUGGCCGGGGCGAGUACCUCAGGAAAGCCUGGCGCCUCACAGGCCGCUGGGGGGAGUUCAUCAUCGGCGUUUGGAAACUUACGACUCAGCAGGGACAGUGGCAAGGUGACGACGGUGGUGGCUACUCCUGGGCAGGGACCAGAACGCCCACAAGAGGUGUCAUACACCGACAUCAAGGUGAUUGGUAACGGGUCGUUUGGUGUGGUGUACCAGGCCCGCCUCACAGACUCGCAGGAGAUGGUAGCCAUCAAGAAGGUCUUACAAGACAAACGCUUUAAGAAUCGUGAGUUGCAGAUUAUGCGUAAGUUGGACCACUGCAACAUCGUCAGGCUUCGCUUCUUCUUCUACUCCAGCGGAGAAAAGAAAGAUGAGGUGUACCUGAAUCUGGUUCUAGACUUCGUUCCGGAGACGGUGUACAGAGUGGCGCGGCAUUUCAACAAAGCCAAAACCAUCAUCCCCAUCAUCUACGUCAAGGUCUACAUGUACCAGUUGUUUCGUAGUUUGGCGUAUAUCCAUUCCCAGGGCGUGUGUCAUCGCGACAUCAAGCCCCAAAACCUGCUGGUCGACCCCGACACGGCGGUACUCAAACUCUGCGACUUCGGCAGUGCCAAGCAGCUGGUUCGCGGUGAGCCGAAUGUGUCAUACAUCUGCAGUCGUUACUACCGGGCGCCCGAGCUGAUCUUCGGGGCGACCGACUACACGGCGAGCAUCGACGUCUGGAGCGCCGGGUGCGUCCUCGCAGAGCUGUUGCUGGGGCAACCGAUAUUCCCCGGAGACAGCGGAGUAGACCAACUAGUGGAGAUCAUUAAGGUUUUGGGGACCCCCACACGAGAGCAGAUUCGGGAGAUGAACCCCAACUACACAGAGUUCAAAUUCCCACAAAUAAAAGCCCACCCCUGGACCAAGGUCUUUAAGCCCCGGACCCCUCCCGAAGCCAUCGCCUUGUGUUCCCGCCUCCUCGAGUACACGCCGGUGUCUCGGCUCUCCCCAUUGGAGGCCUGUAGCCACGCCUUCUUUCAGGAGCUCCGCCUCCCCAACACACGCCUCCCGAGUGGCAGAGAACUGCCCCAGCUAUUCAACUUCAGCCCUGUGGAGCUGUCGAUCCAGCCCCAGCUAAACUCCACCCUCAUUCCUCCUCACGCACGCACACACACCUCGCCUGCAGAGGGCAGUGUGUCCGACAGCUCAGCAGCCCAGACCAGCUCAGCACCCAACAACACCACCUAGACACACACACACACACACACACACACACACACCUCAUCACCCUACACACACACACACACACACACACACACAC